CCUCCUUUGAAGCUACAGCCGAAUGUGAAUAUUUUGAAUAAUAACCAUUUUAAUUCACAAUAUCUGUUCGGCUCCAUCAUAAGAUUCGGUUGCCAAAAUUCAACAUCGAUCAUUGGUCGAAACUUCAUCACGUGUUUAGUUGACGGAGCAUGGAGUGGAAACCCGCCUGUUUGUGAGAAAGAGACGAGCGAGAAGUUUUGCCCAGAGGAUAUUGACAUAUACGGACACAUUUGGAACAUAACAAGGGCUGGGCAAAUCAUAAGUAUGGCUUGUCCUGACGGAUAUAUAGGAGAAAUAACCCGGCAUUGCUUGAUGGAUGGAUCGUGGCUGUACCCAAUGUACAACUGCAUUCAAAAGUCGAUAGCAGAAAUAUCGCAAGCGCUGCAACAUCCAACAGAAAAAGACAUUCAAAUCAAUCUUCAAAAGUUGUCAAGUCUAACCUCAGUCACGCAUUCAAGUGGACGCCCGGCUUUCGGUGGUGAGCUGAAUCAAGUGACCAACAUUUUGGAUACCAUUGCGAGCAUUGGGGAAAACAUGUCAGUUACAACAGAACAGACAGAGUCGUUCCUGUCCGUUACAAGCAACUUGCUUGAUCAGCAAAAUGCAAAAUCCUGGCAAGCGAUGGGGAAUGAUACAGAGCAGCCACAGGAACGUCAAGGUGCAAUGCGUGUUUUGAAUGUCGUUGACAAAUAUGUCGCCUUAAUUUCUGAGGGUAUAGGGGACCUUGGCAACACAUCGAAGACAUUUGCUGCUUCAAAUCUAGUUGUGCAUGUAGCAGGAAUACACAACACAACAAAUGAUGGCAUAUCGUUUCCUGGGAAUGGAACUAGUUUAGGAAUUUCAAGCGCACUACAUCUUCCAGACAAAUCUUUAAAUGAUUCAAAGAAGUACUCGGCUGUGUUUUACAGAAAUUUGUCUGGCAUCGUCUCUGCUUCGUCAAACGAACACAGAUCUUUGCAAAAAAGCAUCAACACCGAGAUUGUUUCUGUAAAUAUGGACAACUGGGAAUCUAAUCCUUCGUUUGAAAUACUCCUUACGUUCACGCAUUUUGAGAAAAGCCUGUCUUUUCCAGCCUGUUCGUUUUGGAACGAAUCAGAGUCGGUUUGGGACGCCAGUGGCUGCAAGGUUGUCCACACAAAUCAAUCUCAUACAGUUUGCAGUUGUAGUCAUCUUACCAACUUUGCCAUUCUUAUGAGUCCGUUUAUUCAGGAUAACGUGAACACCAAAGCACUGGACAUCAUUUCCAUUGUCGGUUGCAGUAUUUCGAUACUGGGUCUGUUGCUAACAGUGGCGUUACACAUAUACUUUCAUAGACACAUGAAAACCGACCAAACAAGAAUUGUUAUCCUGAUGAAUUUAUCGACAGCUCUUAUUUUUUCUUAUGCGUUGUUUCUGGGUGGAGUAGACAGAACAGAAAACAGGAUUGUUUGCACUACAAUAGCUGCCCUUCUACACUACAUCUACCUCGUGGUCUUCUGCCUCAUGCUCGCGGAGGGAGUUGACAUAUUCAUGUCUGUCCGUUUUGUCUUCACCACAAAGUCGAAGUUUAAGUGGAUCAUUCUGGUGGCUUGGGUUUUUCCAGCAAUGGUAGUAGGAAUUGCUUUAGGAGCCAGUAGAACUUAUGGUUACGGAACUGAAAAUUUUUGCUGGUUGUCAGUUGAGAGUGGAGUUAUCUGGGCUUUUGUUGGACCAGCUCUUGCAAUAAUAACGGUAAAUGCCGUGAUCCUGGUCGUAGUUAUAAGGACGAUGUUUGGAUCUCAUGCAAUAUCACAAAAAAGGAUAUCAGACAAAUCUAAAAUGGCAGUAAGAUGCCUUCUGAUAUUGCUGCCGUUAACUGGAAUAACAUGGGUGCUAGGAAUAUUUUACGUCAACAAAAGCAUGGCGUGGGUGCAGUAUGUAUUUGCUGUCUGCAAUUCUUUGCAGGGGCUGGUUAUUUUCAUCUUUCACUGUGCCUUAAAUACACAGAUUCGUGAUGCCGUAUUGCAAAGCAGAAAACGCAGUGAAACUGUUAUGUCAACCAAAAGUAGAAGCACCAGUGUAACAUUUCGACGCAUGUCUGGAAUGAACUCGACAUCAAUGACAGUCACUGAAAGCUCGAUAUCUUAGUCAGAAGAAACGAAACGAGUGUUAACCGGAGGAAUAAUGAGCAGCUCGAAAAAAGAUGAAAAAGAGGACAAAACAUCAUCUCCUUUACAAACAGAAAUUCUAUCUUGUAAACUUUAACAAUUUUGCAAAAUAAUGCAUGGAAAUUUAAAGCUUGAAUAAGUUAACACAUUGACAACGAAUUGCAUUUUAAUGAUUUAGCAAGGAAUGGAAAUGUAAGGGAAGGUUUGCUUCUUAUCUUUUUUUGUGAAAUUUUCACAAUUUAGAUGAGAACUUUAAUGUGCAUUAUGGGGCUGUAAAUGUUCGAAAUAAGCUUUUUCAACAAGAUUUAUUAUUGACCGGCAUUUAUCUGAUCUUGAUAUUUUAUUUGAUUGAUAACUGGACCACGCAAGCUCGUGACCGAGAUAAUAUUUCGAAAUAUCCCAGGUUUCCAACAAUACUCAGCUGCAAAUUGUCAGAUAGAUCGCCUUCAAGAAACUCAGCUAAAUAUAUUUUGAUAUUAAUUUUAUUGAUUAUUUAAGCUUCGAAUGAAUCUUAUCUUAUAACGACUCUGCCAUUUAAUGGAUGAUCAAAACAUGUGUUGAACGUGACAGUUAAUUGCGUGACUUUCGCUUCGUUUCAUAACGCUUUGUACGAACGGGAUGUCAUCAGAAUUCCAUAGCAUAACGUAAUAAGGCGAUUUUAGGGAGUUUGAUUUUAGCCAGAUGGCGUGAAAGUUUGACCUCUUUAUGCAGAUGCGUAUUAAUGCUCAAAGCUCUGAAAAUAUAUUGUGCUUAGAUUAAACUAAAAGGGAAAUAAAGAAUCAGUUGUAUACAACUAAUUAGUCCUUGCUUGUAAAAGACAUGAUAUUAGCCGUAGUUUGUGAAGUAGCUUUUGAUUUUAUGUUUGAACGAUAUUUUCCAAUACGGAAGAAGCGAAUGAAUUAAGAAUAAGGUGUUGUUGUACGACUGCGAAAAACAUGUAUGAUUUAAAUAUUUUAAAAAAAAAUGCUAGAAAAAGAAUUUUAAAUAUUUGAAUGUCAGAGACACAACUUGGCGUCCUCCUACAAUACGUAUCUCUUUCAACAAUAUUUUUCGGUCACACAAAUAAUUGAUACGAACGUUGUAUUUUUUUGCACAAUGCUAGAGUAAUCGUUUGGAACAAAGGACAGGUAUUUUCUUUGGCUAAUAUGGGAACAAAAACAACCAAACUAAUUUUUCUGUAUUAAUAUAAUGCGCAAACAUUAAACACUGCCGUUUCAGUGUGUAUCCUGCAAUCAUAAAUGUAUUAUUUAAUUUCAUGACACUAUUGUAUGCAGA